UCCGACGGACAACAAGAAAUGGGAACAGCUGGGUACAUUUAAAGCGUCGGGUUCCUGUAUAUUUUCUCCGAUUUUAGCGAUUUUUAUUGGAUUUAAACCAAAACAGUGUCGUGUUGGAGUCCUAGCAGGCGGAUAAAUGUCUGAACCAUCAGAGUUCCCCAAAAAAGAAGAAGAAGGGGAGGAGGCCACCGCUGAACCCGAGGAUCAAUCAGACACCAGCAGUGAGGACGAAGCUGCAGGAGAAGCAGAGAUGGACGUCUUGCGCGGCCUUUUCGCCAAUGCGCUGGGGUUGGGCUCUUCAGAGAAAGUUCUGGAUGAGUUGUCUCUGGAGAGCGUGGCGCGCUACAUAAACAGCGGCAAAUGUAAAAACAUCAUUUGCAUGGUUGGAGCAGGAAUAUCAACAUCUGCUGGGAUCCCUGAUUUCCGCUCUCCAGAAACCGGUCUCUAUGCAAACCUGCAAAAGUACAACCUGCCUUACCCGGAGGCCAUCUUCCAGAUCGAUUACUUUAAGAAUCAUCCAGAACCAUUCUUUGCUUUGGCCAGGGAGCUGUACCCAGGACAGUUUAAGCCCACAAUCUGCCACUACUUCAUAAAGAUGUUGAAGGACAAGGGGGUUCUGAGACGAUGCUACACGCAGAACAUCGACACCCUGGAGCGAGUCGCAGGGAUAAAAGGAGACGAUCUGAUCGAAGCACAUGGAACGUUCUACACCUCUCACUGUGUCAAAUUGCUCUGCAAAAAGGAGUACGACCUGGACUGGAUGAAAGAAAAAAUCUUCUCUGACGAGAUUCCAAAGUGUGAAAAAUGCAACAGUUUGGUCAAACCAGAUAUAGUAUUUUUUGGAGAGAGCCUGCCAACCCGUUUCUUCACUACCAUGAAGAUGGAUUUUCCUCUAUGCGAUCUCCUCAUAGUCAUGGGCACAUCUCUGCAGGUUCAACCGUUUGCAAGUUUAAUCGGCAGGGUUUCAAAAAGUUGCCCCAGGUUGCUCAUUAACAUGGAGAAAACAGGACAGGCAGAUCCUAUUUUGGGGUUGCUUGGCUUUGGAGGAGGGAUGGACUUUGACUCAGAAAAUGCGUACAGAGACGUAGCUCAGAUCAGUACGUGUGAUGAUGGCUGCUUGGCUCUCGCUGACUUGCUGGGUUGGAAGGCGGAGCUGGAAGAGCUUGUGAAGAACGAGCAUGCCAGGAUCGACAGUGAGGACAAGCAGGAAAAUCCUGGAGGAAGCGAAGGAGCUGCAGCCAAAGGAGCUGCAGCCAAAGGCGCUGCAGCCAAAGGCGCUGCAGCCAAAGGCGCUGCAGCCAAAGGCGCUGCAGCCAAAGGCGCUGCAGCCAAAGGCGCUCCAGCUUCAGCUGAACCAAAAUCCAAAGCAGAGGAGUGACCUGUGUUUAAUAAACAAAACAAAAACAAUGACACAGUUUAUAGCUUUACCAGAGGUUAAUACUGUAUAUGAGGGUUUGAUAUUCAGAAAUGAAGCUCUGUUGGGUUUCUCUGAUUGUAUAUUCUCAGAUCUGAGGACGGUUCUUUCACAUAAUUAUACUUUUGUUUAUGUCAGUCAUUUUGCACUUUACUAACUUCUCUAUAUUUUCCAUAAGCUUCGUCUUCAAAUUCUCAGAUCUGAGGACUUUUCUUUUCCAUAAUUAUACUUUUGUUUACGUCAGCCAUUUUGCACUUUACUAACUUCCCUAUAUUUUCCACAAGCUUCUAUUUGUCCCAGCUGAAGAUAACAUUUUCCCUCUGAUUGAUUUAAUUUCAUUGUAUGUAGAUUUUAGCCCCACGCGUUCCUUCUAAGCAUAAUCGACUCUUAAUGAUUGAUGUGUGCUGAUGAGUUGCAUUUUAAUGAGAACCGGAUGUGGAUUUGCGAUAACGAGGUUCUGUUAGGUGGCCUAACAUUCCCUCCCCCCAAGCUAAAAGCAGUUCAUCUGAUAACGCUGUCACAAUGUUUCCGUCAGCUAAUUAACUUCCUGGUUGGUAAAAAUGUUGAUACAUUUGAUAGACAGUUUACUAGAACCAUCACUGGUUUUUACUUUUGUUCAACUUUUAGUCAUUUUAUUUUAAUUGUUUUAGUCAUUUAAGCAAAACUAUGAGACAAAUAAUAUUUUUGUGUAAUGUUCAUCUUGGAACAGCAGAAAGAAUUGUAAGCAGUCACUUUUCAGUCGAGCUCUUUACUAGUUUAAUUUUAAUAGCCAAUAAAUUUAGAUUCAAAGCAACAUAAAGAGGAAAAAAACAGACGUGAUUCGUACGGAAAGAAAGCUGAAUGAAAGAUCUCUGAGAGCAUGAAGCACUGUUAAAAAUAAAAUAAAAUUACUCACCUGGACUUAAAUACGUUGACAUGUACUAAUUCUAACAACCAGUGCAAAUUCCUGCAAUAAACGUUUCCUUUGUUAAACUAA